AUGAGGCUGAGAGGUGCGACGCCGCAUCUGUUGGAAUGCAUCUUCUCAUUUGCUCUCUUCGGGCAUCAAUCCGGCCACGGGUUGCAGCAGAGUGACACAACAGCAGCUGUCUUGUGCACAAAUGAGGCCCAGCAACCCUCGAUUAAUUGCCCGAAACGACUAAGCUAUAGCAACCACUUUGCUCCGCAAUUGAUUUCUCCUCAAGUCUGCGAAAGCAACAUGGCCUCGUCGUCGUCGUCAUGGUCGUCGUCGUCUAUUAGAAAACCGGCUCAGCCUCAUGUGUAA